CGCUCCGCCUGCCGCCUGGAGAUUCCCGUGGGGAGCCGAGCCGUGCUGUGCCGUGCUGUGCUGUGGACCAUGAGUGCGUGAGAGCGAUACCGCAGCGUCUGGGAACGGGAGCGCCUGCGGCCGCUUCCAGGGAAAGAUGCCACAGACACCUCCCUUUGCAGCUAUGUUUGACAGCAGUGGCUACAACAGGAACCUGUAUCAGUCAAAAGAGGACAACUGUGGAGGGCUCUGUUAUCAUGACAACAAUCUCCUGUCCGGGUCUCUGGAAGCUCUGAUCCAGCACUUAGUACCCAAUGUCGAUUACUAUCCUGAUAGGACGUACAUCUUCACCUUCCUUCUCAGUUCACGUCUGUUCAUGCAUCCAUAUGAGCUCAUGGCCAAAGUCUGCCACCUGUGCAUUGAGCAGCAGAGACUAAGUGAGCCUGGCCUGGACAAGAACUGGAUGCAAAAAAUCGCACCAAAAAUCCUACAGUUAUUGACUGAAUGGACGGAGACUUUUCCUUACGAUUUCCGAGAUGAAAGAAUGAUGAGGAACUUAAAGGAGUUGGCACAAAGAAUAGCCAGUGGGGAUGAGAUGUAUCGGAAGAAUGUACAGCAGCUCCUCCAGAACCUGAUCCGGAAGCUUGCUGCUGUCAGCCAGUAUGAGGAAGUGCUUGCAAAAAUUGAUGCCACAUCCACAGAUCGCCUCACGGUUCUGAAGACCAAGCCCCAGUCCAUCCAGAGGGACAUAAUCACAGUCUGCAAUGAUCCCUACGUGUUAGCUCAGCAGCUGACACACAUAGAGCUUGAGAGACUCAAUUAUAUUGGACCAGAAGAAUUUAUCCAGGCGUUUGUGCAGAAGGAUCCUUUGAAUAAUGACAAGAGCUGCUAUGGAGAUCAAAAGAAGACUCGGAAUCUCGAAGCCUAUGUGGAAUGGUUUAACAGGCUCAGUUACUUGGUUGCAACAGAAAUCUGUAUGCAUGUGAAGAAGAAGCACAGAGCAAGAGUGAUAGAAUAUUUCAUCGAUGUGGCACGGGAAUGUUUUAACAUCGGCAACUUUAACUCCUUAAUGGCUAUUAUUUCUGGGAUGAACAUGAGUCCUGUGUCUCGAUUAAAGAAAACCUGGGCUAAAGUGAAGACUGCCAAAUUUGAUAUUCUUGAGCAUCAGAUGGACCCUUCCAGCAAUUUUUAUAAUUACCGAACUGCUCUGCGUGGAGCCACUCAAAGAUCCCUGACAGCUCAUAGCAACAGAGAGAAGAUCGUGAUACCUUUCUUCAGCCUCUUGAUCAAAGAUAUUUACUUCCUCAAUGAGGGUUGUGCCAAUCGUCUUCCAAAUGGUCAUGUCAACUUUGAAAAAUUUUGGGAAUUGGCAAAACAAGUCAGUGAAUUUAUGACAUGGAAGCAAGUGGAGUGUCCUUUUGAAAGGGAUUGGAAGAUUCUGCAGUAUUUGCUUACUGUCCCAGUCUUCAGUGAUGAUGCACUUUACUUGGCUUCCUAUGAAAGCGAAAGUCCCGAGAAUCACAUUGAAAAGGACAGAUGGAAGACGCUGAGGUCAGCGCUUCUGGGCAGAGUCUAGUGCACAAAAUGUCUGGUGUUGCUACAUUAUGUGGAUUACCAAGGGGCAUGGCUUGGUUUAUUCUUCUGUACACUGAGUGGCUUUCAAAGUGAUGAACAAUGUGCAGUCAGUUGCGAUAUUGUGUCAGCAACGGUGAAAGAAGUUUACUCAAGAACAAACAGGCAGCUUCUCACAUCUGACAGAUGAGAUAAAAUCACAGCCCCCUCAGCUGUGAUUCAGGCUUAAGUAUUGAUUGAGAACAGUGCUGACAGAACCCUUUGAAGAUCUCAGAUGCCGCCUAUGAAUCAUUUCACACCUGGAUGAAAUAUUCUUCCUUUUUUGCUGCAGCUUGAUGCUAUGAGGACUGCAGAGUUUGCAGCAGAUUGCAAAGGGGAAAUAGUCACCAUUCCUUUCAGUGAAACCCAAGCCUGCAUUGAAGAGCUCCCAUUGCUAAUAAGCUGAUUAUAGCCCAGAAGUUUGCCUGAUUGGGAUUGCUGAGAAGGGAAAGGACUGGACACAACAAAUUGGCUGCUGAGGAGAGUUUCUCUCCACCACUAUAAUAGUGGCUGUGGUUUUUUUCUUUUUCCAAUAUGUUUUUGAGUUGGCUGCUGGUAGGCAAACUCAUUAUUAUUGUAAGUUAUUUAAAAAAUAUAUAGUAAUAAAAAUCAAGGCUGUGGUAGAAAAUAUGCCUGCUAUAAAAAUAUAGGACCUGUGUAGCUCUACAACUUCUAGGGAGGUUUUUACUUUUGUUCACUUCUUUACAACUAACCACUACGUGUUACAGACAUUCUUAUUUUUACUGUAUGGUUUUGUUACUCUAAUUUUCCAUACUUGACCUUCUUCUUGUAUUAGGUUGAACAAGCUGACUUUUCUAGAAUAGUCUUUGAGAAACUGAUGUACAAACUGCAUUGAAAUAUGAAAGUAUGUUUUUAUUAAGUAAUUUUUGUAACUGCUUUUUUUCGGAAAGGCUAACAAUGGAAAACACAAUCCACUUUGACUGAAAGAGCAAGAUG